AGCUUUGGUCCUUGUGAGGCUGAAGCGCAGCCGGCUGGUUUGCCUGAGGCUUAAGCUGUGAAGGGAGCUGGUUUUGUGUAGAAAUACAGCAGUUAACGUUGUUUGAUUAAGCUUGUUUUGGAGAUCGAGGGGAGACAGUAACUAACUGCUCUGUACAAAGGAUAAUUGCGUUGGCAUGUUUCUUCUUCAGUAAGGGGCUCUCCCAGUACGUAGUUGCUGACAGUUUGGGAGCAGAGGACCUCACAGCACAGGUAGUGUGCUGUCAGCUUCAGAACGUGUCCCUGCUGGUGGCUUCUCUAGGGGCAGUCACUCACGGUCUGUGCCACCAGCAGACAAAUGGAGCUGCCUGCGUGCUGGGCAGAGAUUCCUGCAUCAUGGUUCUAUGACCUUAUCAGCCAAAGGAGGCUUUUCACAUUGCCACAGUUUGUACUCUGCCUUUUUAAAUAAUUUGUAAGCGACAGUUGAUGUACAUUGCUCAGUUCACCCAAAAACCUUUACGCUAGUGCUCAACUUCUUUUUUCAGAAUUGUCACUCCUCUGAGUAAAUCAACCUUUCGAGUCUGGAGCCAUCAAACAUUGAAGUCUGAUGUCCUCCUGGGAAGUGCUGCCCUGGAUAUUCAUGAGACUUUGAAAUGAAACCGUAUGAAGUCUGAUCAGGUAGUGGUAACACUGCAUCCUCGUGGUGACAGAGAGCCAGCAGAAGUGGUGGAUUUGUCUGUCAGUGCAGAUGGAUGCAGGUAGAUGCUGAGCUCCUGACCAGUGGUGAUGCCUCAAGUACAGGAACCUUAACUUUUCCACGUUGUGUCACAUCUCUUCUUGACAACGUUACGCAUGCUGCCUCUGAAGUUGUUGCAAAUAAUGAACGGGAAUCCAUCAGUGCAAGCAGGUCUGGCGUCAGAGGAAGCGUGAAUGGUUGUGCAUCCACAUCCACAGAGAACGAUGGGGCCAGUGCAGUUCACUGGCAGCUGCAAAACAUCUUCAGAACCGAGCCCUGGAGGGGGCAGCAGCACAACAACAGCUCCUGCAGCUGCUGCGCUCAGCACAUCCAGCACCAAGACAAGAGCAGCCAGCAAGUCCUCCAACUGUGGCAUAGCUAUGAACAUGGAGGAGCAGAGCGUGAGUGGCUGAGAAAUGGAGCUGGGACUCAGGGGAGCCAUAGGUGCUGUGUCACAACCUUCCUGAGCGGCCCUUGCAAGCUCCUGCUCCCCUCGCCUGCAAGUGGAGCAAUGCUCAAGCUUGAGGAGUCUUUUCCUUGGCUGGUGGGAAAGAUGGCGCAGCUGCAGGUUUUGUGUCCUUCGUUGUUCUUGGAAAGCAACCUCCUUGAGAGCAGGAGAGCAGCAGGCUGCCUGCUGUGUGGCUGCUGUGGGCAUUUCUCCCAGCUGAGAUCCCUGAGCCCAUGCUGGCAGAGAAUGUGCUGUGCCACCAUCUCUUCUGUGGAGCCACUUUGCAGCUUCUCUGCGUUAGCUGCAGUCGUGCCAGUUUCCAGGUGCCAUAAGCCAGACUGGCACAGUCUUGGGACUCAGACUUGGGAGACAGUGAAGAAAGCCAAGGCAAGUGCUGCUCUGCUGAGGAAGGAAGCCAAGAAGGAGAGCAAAAAGAACCAAGAAGGGCUUGAGCGAGAAGGCCCACAGGACACUCGAAUCAGCUGGAAUGCUUCCUCGGAGGUGGCACCAAAGGCAGCGGACUGAGUCGCCUGGUUUUCUGUCAUGGCCGUGCUUUCCCUGUCACAGACAGUGCAGCAGAACUGAGGCACCUGGAAGGGAAGGGCUUGUGCUGCAUUCCAAGCAAAGAGGGCUUGCCAGAGGCAGGACUUCAGCUAUGGCAAGAGAUGGAGAGGCUGUGUUCCUUCAGCAUGUGUCUCUUCAGGGCCAGAGCCGGUCUAGUAUGAGAUUGAAAUACGGCUAGCUGGGCCUGGAGAGAGAGCUGACGUAGCCACAGGGUCAGGCUUCUCCUUGUGUCUGACUGGAUGCUGAAUGACUCAUUGCUAAGCAGAAAUCCUGGGCGCUGGGGUUUCGUUUUGGGCUGUGCUGAUAAAUGCAACCCAAAUCCUUUUGUAUUGAAUAAAAGUGAAACCAACCUUU